AUGGGCACUGCGGAUACCGUGGCGAGGCCGAUAGCAAGUCCCUCUCGCGCAGUCCACACGAGCAGCAGUGCGCCAGCGCAGCGUCCCCUAACGUCUGCGCGAGGCCGAAGAGCGCACAAGACGGCGCCCUUCGCGUCACCGCAGCCAGUGCUGCUGCGCAACCCAUACGGCAUGGAGCGGUCGCGCCUUGUCGACGCUCUUCACGGCGGCCGCCGCGCCGGCUUUCGCGCUCACCAACACGGGCCGACUUCCUCAUCGCACGCCGACGCGGAGGCGCUGCUGUCGCGGCAAGAUGCCGCGCUCUACGAUGCGUGCGCCACGCGGCUGCGAGUGGUGCAGCAGGAGCGCCGCGCUCUGGCCGAAAAGAUGGAGGCCUCAAAACAGCAGCUGGAGCACGUGCACGCACUCCUCGAUGUGUGGCGUGAGAAGCCCCAACAGCCGCCCGCUACGGCACCGACAAAACAAGCGGAGAGGGAUGGAGCAGUGCCGGAGCCGCAGCCAAGCAGCUCGCCGAGGAAGCAGGAGACGGAGAGGAUUAUACGUCAGCUGCGAGAGCUGGACAGGGCAAACGAUGAGCUUCGUCGACGUUACGAGGCCCUCAUGCAAGAGAAACGGCACUGCUUGACGGUGCACAACGCACGACUGCGGCGGCCAGCACCCGCGGCAGCGCCUUCCUCGACCAUAUCGCGCCGAUCCUCCGCGGUAGCUGCGUGCAACGAGUCCAGUGCCUUCGCACGCAAUGUAAAGACGCUUGAGACUCUCCUCGCUACUGCCAUGGCGCAGCAACAAACACUGCAACAGGGGCUUGCGCUGGCCGUCGCAAAGGAACGCGGACGCAUCACGGCUCUCACUGACCUGCAAGCACGCGGUUUUGCAUGUAUGUAUGCACCCGAGCUGAACGGCAGCGCCAUCACAUCCGCCUCGCGCGAAGCGGGCGCUUGA